AUGGACGGCCCGGAAUCGCGGCACUACCCGGGGGGCGAACCCUACUCGGGCAGCAACCGUAUCCCCAACAUCAAGCAGUUUGUCGAAGGUCUUGAUAGAGACAAGAAGAAACGCGAUGCCGAACUCGAGGCUCGAAUGCAACAGAAUGCCCACAAUGGAGAGGCUCAGGCUCAUGUUCCAACCCAAAAGCCCGGAAAGAACCGCCGCACCGUCAAGGACCCAGUAACCGGGAAGGAUGUCGAGAUCGAGGAUAUCGACAGCAACCACAUGAAGGCAGCCAAGGACCCAUUGUUGACCGUCCCCAACGCAAACCUCGGAAAAGAAACCACCGUCCAAACGAGAGCCUCUCAGUCCGGCGAGGAAUACCGCGAAGCCCAAGAUGUCACUGCGCCUCCCGAUCCCAUCGCCACUGGCUCUACCAGCGACGUGCCCAUCCACGGCGAAAAGACCAACGUGCUCUUCCACCCCACCCCUUCCAUCACCUUCGAGCCCAUGUUCGAGUCCAUCGAGGCACGCGCCAACGUCCUCUGCGCAUUCGUCUUCAUCGCCAUCGUCUUCAUCGGAAAGGUGCUCGGCGGCAGUCUCUGGGGCUUGUUCCCUCUAGGCGCGUGCGUCGCCAGUGGUGUCUUCUUGUGGGCCAAGGACCUGAUCCGUCAGGGACGGGACAUGGAAUGGUCGAGCGAGCAGAAGCGUGGCGAGACGGCCGUCGUCAACCUGAUUCCGGAAAGCGUCGAGUGGCUAAACACGGCCGUUGGCCUGAUCUGGGGCCUCAUCAACCCGGAAAUGUUCGCCCCUGUUGCCGACACCCUCGAGGAUAUCAUGCAGGCCAGUGUUCCUGGAGUCAUCGAGAACGUCAAGGUCAACGACAUCAACCAGGGCAGCAACCCGCUCCGGAUUCUCAGCUUGAGAGCCCUCCCUGAUAGUCACGUCCAGGACAUGAAGGCCGAGAUCCGCAAGGAGGACGAGAAGAGCAAGGACCCCCAGGAGCUGGCGGCUGAGGAAGAGGGUGGUGACUUUUACAACCUCGAGGCUACUGUUGCUUACCAUUCUCUGCCUUCGAACGGAGAUGUUUCUUCCAAGGCCAAAAACAUGGGCAUGCAGUUGAUCUUCUACCUCGGUCUCAAGGGCUUCUUUGGAGUCCCCUUCCCCGUCUGGGUUGAGCUCAACGGCCUCGUCGCAACUUGCAGACUCAGAAUUGCCAUGGCUCCCGACCCGCCCUUCAUCAAGACGCUCAGCUUCACCCUUAUGGGCCUGCCCAAGGUCGAAGCUAGCUGCGUUCCGCUCAUGCAAAAGGGAGCCAAUAUCCUCAACCUACCUGUCAUCUCCAACUUUGUCAACUGGGCCAUCGCAACCGCCGCUGGCAUGUACGUGGCGCCCAAGUCUAUGACUUUGGACAUCGGUAAGAUGCUCCAGGGAGACACUGUCAAAAAGGAGACCCAGGCCCUUGGUGUCCUCUUCAUUCGCAUUCACAAGGCCACUGGCCUGAGCAAGCAAGACCGCCGCGGAAGCGAGGGUGGCGGCUCCGACCCUUACAUCUGCGUCUCCUUCUCCAAGUUUGGCAAGCCGCAAUACUGUACUCGUGUCAUCCAGGACGACCUCAACCCCGUCUUCUCCGAGACUUGUGCCUUGCUCGUCACCCCCGAUAUCAUCAAGGCUGACGAGCAGCUCUCGCUCGAGCUCUGGGACAGCGACCGGAGCUCCGCCGAUGAUGUCGUCGGCAAGGUUGAGCUCAGCAUUCAGAAGCUCAUCCAGCACCCCGGCAAGAUGUUCCCUCAGACUUCCAAGCUCCGCGGCGUCAAAGCCGGCAGCUCCAUGCCUGGCGAGCUGCACUGGGAGGUUGGCUUCUUUGGCAAGACCCAGUUCAGGAAGGCUCUCAGGACCGAUGGCAAGGACCACAAGCUGCCCAAGGAACUCCGCGAUAAGCCUGAGCUCCAGGAUGACAAGGGCACCCUCGAGAACACGGAAGAAGACGCCGUUGUGCACACUCCUCCCGACCCGUUGUGGCCUAGCGGUGUUCUGAGCGUGAUUGUCCACCAGAUCGUCAACCUCGAGCUCGACAACGUCAAGGGAUCCGACGGUAAGAGGAAGGGCAAAGAGUACGAGCCCGCCAGGCCCGAUGCCGGCGAGUUGAAGGAAGAGGCAGGCGGUAAGCUGCCCAGCUCGUACUGCACCAUCCUCGUCAACGACGAGCUCGUCUACAAGACCCGUACCAAGGUCGUUUCCUCCAAGCCCAUCUUCGAGGCCGGUACCGAGCGCUUCGUCCGCGACUGGCGCUCGUCCAUCGUGACCGUCACCGUGCGCGACUCGCGCAAUCGCCAGCACGACCCAAUCAUCGGCGUCGUCCCGCUCAAGCUCUCGGACGUGUUCCAGACCGCCAGCCAGAGCACUCGCUGGUACCCACUCGACGGCGGCAUUGGCUUUGGCCGCAUCCGCGUCUCACUCCUCUUCCGCUCCGUCGAGCUCAAGCUCCCUCCUCCCCAGCUCGGCUUCGGCGAGAUUGGCACCUUCGAAUUUACCUCGGACAGCAUCACCGCCUCGGGCUUUGCGCCCACUGACAAGAUGAAGAUCAAGCUGCGCACCGGCGGCUCGUCUGCCAAGAUCCCCAGCGACGUUUGCUCCUUUGCUUCCGACGAACAGUCCGGCAUCACAUGGGACAUCUCGGGUGACGUCGCCCGCAACAAGCACUCCCACAAGAUCCGCUUACCGGUACGCUACCGCUACCGCUCACCCGUCUUCUUCGAGUUCCACCGCUCCGGCAAGCGCCACACGGACACCUUCGCCGCCUUCUGGCUGCAGGACCUGGUGGACAACGAAGAGAAGGACUUUGACAUUCCCAUCUGGCGCUGCAACAACGGCAUGCGGCUGUCUCAGAACUACAUUACCGAAGACAACUACCGGUCUGUUCCCGACUUGCAGAUCGAGGAGCUCGGUCGGCUUCGGUUCCGGGGCCGGUUCAAGCCGGGAACGGAUCGGGAUCAUCUCAAGUUUGUUAGCGAUAACGAUUCCCGAGAAACGAUUGAGAGCUGGGAGGCGUGUUUCGCUGAGGGUGUCAGGGCUGAGCAUGUCAAUAGUGAGGUACCCCCCAUUGUGCAAAUGCUGCAUGAGGAGAGCUUGACGGAGGGACGGGACGUGCUGAAGAAGGCGAGGGAGGAGGAUAAGAGGAAAUGGUUGGCCAAGGACGGGACCGAUUGGUCUGGCGCAUUUGGGCAGGAUCCGGAGGAAAUACUCGCUGAGCAGAGACGAAGAAGGAGGGCGGCCAGUGGCGGGAGUUCGGAAGGGAGGAGCACGGAGUAUGAGGAGAGUAGUGAUGACGAGUUUCGCGAAAGUGGAAGCCACAACCAGGCCCAAAAUGACAACGCCAACAUCAUCGGCAACGGAGGGUCAGCAGUCGACGAUGACGACUCGGAUCCCGAUUUGGGUAUUGCCGAUGGAGACAAUGAGAAGCCGAUGAACGAUAAUGCGGGAGGAGAGGAUGCCAACGGCGGGAUGAAUUCGGGACUGGAGGCUGGUAACGGCUCGGCCGCCGCGGGUGAUGGUAAGCAUCCCAACGGCAACGCCAACGCCAACGGGUCGGCCGCGUCCAUGGUGGGCAGACAGUCGGUGGAUAGCCAGGCUACUGGGCAGCAUAGUACCUCGGCCGGACGGUCGGUGCAGAGCGCCACGGGCUCGAGCAGCAAGAAUCCUAUCAAGCAGUUCAAGGAGUAUAGGAGCCGCAGUCGGGAUUUGCACAGGCAGCAUCGGGGGUUGAUGCAGUGGAAACCAAUGCGCAACGUCCAAUUUGCCAAAGACGAGGCCCUAUUUGCUGCGCGCAGGAUCAAAAAGGUUGGGAGCCUGAGUGGACGGACGCCGGAUGUUGAGACGGAGGUUUAA